GAUCCCUAACGCGAAGGGAUAACGACAUGCCGGUAAAGCCGUGGCCACACGCGCGUCACCCCUGCACCGACGCCCAAGGCACGCCUUCCAAAAGGAAAAACGCUUAACGCUUCUUUCUUCGUUUCACCAUUCACACACAAAUUAAGCAAAAAAUCGAAUCCACGAUUCCUUCAAUUUCUGGUCUAUCGUAUCAAUUAGGUAGGAAUUGCUAUCUUAGAAAUUCAGAAUCAAUCAAAAUCGAUUGAUUGAUUCUUGUUCGAUGAGGAAACUGUGUCCUAAUUUUGACAAAGUAGAUGGAUUGGAAACGGUGUUGGAGGUGCCUAUUCCAGAGGACAUGUGGACCAGCAUUGGGAACAGUGGUUCCAAUCGAUGGCAGAAUCUUCGAGCUCUCAUGAAAGCUCAAAUUUCCGCUGAUAAAUCAUCGCAUCUCUCUGCUUCCUCCAACCACGAAUUCCUCGCAUUGCUUAAGCUUGUUGGUUGUCCUCUCAUCCCUCUUCAGGUUCAAUCCGAUCACACCUUAAUUCGCCCCCUCAAAGAUUCUUCCAUCGAAGCUUCAAGUGCCAAAUAUAUAGUGCAGCAGUACAUAGCUGCGAUUGGAGGAGUGGGAGCGUUGGAUUCGUUGAAAAGCAUGUAUGCAGUGGGACAAGUGAGAAUGUUUGGGUCAGAGAUGCGUCAAGGGGAUGGUGGGGUGAAACCAAGAGGGAGGGCUGAAGUAGGGGGUUUCGUGCUGUGGCAAAAGAACCCUGAUUUGUGGCACUUUGAAUUGGUUGUUUCUGGUUUCAAGGUUAGUGCAGGUAGUGAUGGCAAGGUAGCGUGGAAUCAAUCUACUUCUCAAACUUGUCAUGCCAACAAAGGCCCCCCUAGACCCCUUCGCCGCUUCUUUCAGGGGCUGGACCCAAGGUGUACAGCUAACUUGUUCAUAGACGCUGUAUGUGUAGGAGAGAAAACCAUUAACAACGAAGAUUGUUUUCUACUCAAGUUAGAGACAGCACAUGACAUACUCCAAGCACAAAACACGUCCCAUACAGAAAUUAUAAGACACACUGUGUGGGGGUACUUUAGCCAACGCACGGGGCUACUAGUCAAAUUCGAGGAUACCAAGUUGGUAAGGAUGAAAUCUGUUAAUGGAAAUGACUCUGUCUUCUGGGAAACAAGCAUGGAGUCUGUGAUUGAAGACUAUAGGUAUGUUGGUGGCAUUAACAUAGCACAUGGUGGCAAGACAGUGAACAUCUUAUAUAGGUACGGUAUGGCACAUAAUCACCAGCGGAGAAUUGAGGAGACGUGGAGGAUAGAAGAGGUUGAUUUUAACAUUUGUGGCUUGUCCAUGGAUUGCUUUUUGCCUCCCUCUGAUCUUAAGAAGGAACAGGAUGGAGUAGAGAAAGUAGUGCAGUAAGAAUUAGCAUUUUCCUUAUCUCUUUUACCCUCAUUUUCACCCUCUCAACUUGUCAACAGCAAGAAAAUUUGUCGGUGUACAUAUUACAUAGACAAGCAUAGCCGAAUGAAAGAAGAAUAGUUAUAG